AUGCUUGGUCAUUAUCAAAUAAAAAAUAUUAGUCUAGCCAUUCAUAUUGCUCUUUAUUUACAAAAAUAUUUUCCCCAAAUCACCCAAAAUAGUAUAGAAGAAGAUGGUGCUCAUAAUCAAGCCGGAAUUAAGCAUCUAGUUCAAACAAUUAAAACUUUUUUUCCUGCUAAGCAACCUAUUUUUUUAGUUUCUAUAAUGAAAGAUAAACAAGUAAACAAAAUGCUUAAUGCUUUAAAAGAAGUUGCUUACCAAAUUAUUUUUACCGAAAUGCCCGGUUCUCGAAAGCAAGAAGUUAGUAAAUUAAAACAGUGUAUUACAACUAAAUUUCACAAAUUUGCUGACUGUUCAAAAGCAUUUUUUUAUUUUUAUUCCUUGCUGGAUAAUGAGAAAAUAGGGAUAAUUACUGGUUCUUUACAUUUUACUUCCUACGCGAAAAGAGAAUUUUUGGUUCAAAUCCUGCCCCCGCCACCAAGCCCAAAUGGCGGAAUGGUAGACGCAUGGGACUUAAGAUCCCACGGAGUUAUCCGUGCCGGUUCAAGUCCGGCUUUGGGUACCAAAGACCAAGAAAAAGAAUUAAAAGAACAAUUUACUAAUUGCCAAACACUUUUAGAAAAAAAAUCAGUAAAGGAAAAAUUGACCCCUUUACAAAAUACCAUCUUUGACAAAAAAAAAGAAUUAAAAAACUCGGCUCCGACUUCGGCUUCUAGUUCCUUAAAAGACAAAAAAAAUCUCGAUAAAAAAAAACUGGCUAAUUCAUUGAAAACAGAAUUAAAAAAAGAGUUAGAGCAAAGAGCAAAUGGCACCUGA